UUUUUGUUUAGGUUUGCGAAGCGGUAUAUAAAGAUUCCAUGGUUUCAAGGUCAGAGUAUGUUUAAAGUCUUCGCAACAUUCGCCUUGAAAUCGCGGAAGUCAGUUCGUGAGACCCUCUAUUUCUUCCUGAAGACCUUCAUACAUGGUAUCGCUUUAUCGCACGCGAUGUGUUUACAAUAAACUGAAGACAAAAUUGUACAGUGUAAGUCAAGAGAUACGACACUGGUUGUAAGUUUGAUUGAAUCAUGUCGUAAGCCUACCGUAAAGACGUUGCAUGCGAUUAAGCUGUUGCAUGUAAACGGGGCUUAAAACACUGGGCCGGAAGUGAAUACUACAGCUGUACAAGAUGGUCACGAUUGGUUGGAGUUCUAAAUCACAUGACUGUCAUGUGUAGAGAAAAGCGCGCCAAAAGCCAAGAUGAUGAACGAACAACAGAAGUAUAUAACACAGGAUAACGACGAAUUUCUAUGAGCUGCAGUGAGUAUUUGCUUUAAAGAUUUUUUAUCCCGUUUUAAUAAACCUUUAGACAAACAUUGAGCCGUGAGUAUCCAAAUAUUGAAGUGGCUGAUGUAGAAACAAAAGGGGUAUUGUUUUUACCUCCCUUAUAAAGCAAUCACAAGGCAUCAGACACGUGAUAAGUUGACUGAAACAGCACUCGUGUGCAUAUGAAACAAUACCGUCGUCAAAGUGAGAGAACCCACGUGAGUACACUUCGAGAGUACGUUUACUAAGGAACGUUUACUAAGAAGCUUUGAGCUUUCCUUUGAAAAAUAAACUGUGUAGGAAUACCUUUUCAAACGCAUCACUCAGGUAGGUAUGAAAUCCUCGCAGCUGAUUGUUCAUUUGACAUUGCGAUGGUCAACGUUACGAGAAAGAAACAGUUAACUUCGCGCAUAAAAUCUCAGUGAUCGGACAUAUUAAACAGCGAAAGCACGCCCAUCAAAAAUCCAAGACACUGACUUUCAUCCUAAAGGCCCGAAGAAGUGACAAAAUAGCAGUUACUGGCUGUAACUAAGUAGGAAUCUCAAUUUAGGCAGGCGUGAGGUCCAAAGACAUUCAAACUUCACAUUUACGUUACUGUUUAAAUUGCUCUCCAUUUCAAUUGUUUUUCGUUUUUUCUUCAAUUUCACACAGAGUUCAGAGAAGAUCAUGGCAGAUCGAAGGGAAAACAACAGUUUUAAUGUAAGUAUCGGAACACGCGACUUUUUAAAAAAAGUAUUUUACUCAUGGUGUGAAUGACCAAUGUUGCCACAAACUGAAAAUGUCGCUACAAAUUUGUUGCAUUUGAUCUAAUAAUCAAUCUUGCUUUACUGUACAAACACUUGUACCACGAUAUGAUAAAUUGAACUUUCGCAUUGUUCGGUAAAAGAGUGUGGAAACGAAUAGAAAGCUACAUUUAUAACUACAUAUGCCUAAAACUGGAACACGAGUCGCCGCCUUGAUUCUGCUUUGUGUGCUACUGUGUAGAGUGUAUUAGGAGGUGACAAUCACCAUUCAGUCUCUGCAUGAAAACAUAUCCACUUAAGAUAAAUUUACGUUUUGAUUGAUCUUUGGAUAAAUUCCCAGAAUGUGAUUAUUUGUAGUUCGUAAAAGGUACUGUCUUGUUUGUUUGCUUUUGUUAUUGCACAUUUUACACCAAAAAAUGCUAAAAGAUAAAAUAUUUUAGACAACUACGCAAAUAUUUUAACAAAUUUUUUCUGCGUAUGGUAGCUUGCGUACUGAACAGCUCAAUGCUAAUUCUCGCUUUCUCUUUAAUUUUAGGAGCUGCCCAACAUAGGGUAAGUCAAUAGCUACCGGUACUUAGGAGUCAUUCCAAAAAUAAUUUAAUGCACAUUAAAUUGGGUCUCCCUCAUAGAGUCUAGCCUUUCCUAGGAAUAGCUAUACAUCUUCAGUUGGACUCAAACAAAUUAGCUGUUUUUCAAACGAAAUCAUUGAAAAAGCUUCUGUUGUGUAUCAACGGAUACUAGAUGUCAUGAACACAACUAACAAUCAUGCAUGUAAAUAAAGUGAUCACAUUUGAAAGUGUAAUAAGGUUUGCAAGGUAUUAAAACCUGAGCUAAACAAAACAAAAUACUUAUGCGAGUCAUAUAUAUGGUUUUGUAAGGUUAUUAAAAUUGUAGGGCCAUGAUACACUGUUACAGUAUAGUAUUGUCAAAACUUGUGGUGUAAAAUCAAAUUCCUUUACAGUGAUCAUGAAAUAUAAUUCAGUUAAAUUUUGAGUCAAGAAAUCACAAACAGGCCCUUCUGUGUAUUCAGGUUGACUCACUAGUAAUAUUGAUAAACGUUUAUUGUGCAAAUAUUAGACAUGUUUGAGCAGGUGUGUAACACCCAAUGUAUGUAUAUUGUUAACCUGGUAAUUAGUGUACGAUUUAUAACAGUUUGCAGACUAACUGUAAGAGUAGACAUCUGAAGAAAUUAGCUCUUAGCCCAGGCCUUGAAGGAGUCACAUCACAAUCCAAACAUCUUCUAAAUCCUUUACCCCUUUUAAACCUUCCACACAUUCUGGACACAAGCACCACAACAUUAAAAGGCAUGCAUGCUCAUUGCAAGUUACUAUUUUGAGGAAAGCAAAUUAGGUACAAGAUUCCUCACUACAAAAACACCACUGACCACUAUUUUGGACACAAGUGACUCUCUGAACAGGAUAUUAAACAAAAUACUGUCACCAAAGAUGAACACAUGCACCUGUUCCAUAAUGUUGCAAUAAUAUGAACAUUACUUACCCUCAGACUUCAUCUUUGUUGCCUUCCAGGUUUCCCCAAGAUCCAAUUUCUUCCCUAGAGGUAACAAAAGUUUUCUUUAAUGAAUGGCUUUCUUAAAGAUUAACCAGGAAUAUUAUUAAUACACAUACACUUUAAAGGUCUAGUCAUGAACCGAGAUAUUCAAAUCAGCAACAAACAACUAUUACAGCAAAACCCUAAUUAAAACGAUGAAAUGCCUGGGGACUGAGAGAAUGUGUUCAUUACUCUCAAGGUAAAGCUACACAAGUCAUGAAGCUCACCAUUGGCUAGGGUUAAUCCAAGGUUCUGUAGCACAAAGCACCUAUUAUGUAUCUGAUCUGGCACAAGAGCUGUCUAUAUAAGCGAGAACAUCUUAGACUAAACCGGUGAUUUUACCAUGUGAAUGCAGUGUGAACUUCAUUCUAGAACAACACUUAUUAUGAAAUCAUUCCUGACCAGUUUCAUGUAAACAGACCAUAAGAUGACAACAUGACAGCAAGGCUUGAACUUGGAACAACAGUUCCAAAACUCAAGGUGUUACUUUACCACCCAGUCACCAUGCCUCCACAGACACCCCAGUGAGGGCAUCGUACACCCUGUAGGCAAAUCAAUUUCCCAGUCCCUAAUUGCACUUCAGGGUUAAACUGAGCAAAAGGAUAGUACUCUUCUGAAAAUAAUUCAACUACAAACACCACCACACAUUACAUUGAAUUCAAAAUACUUAUACAAGAUUUGGAACGAAAGAGAAGCAGUACUUAUGUGCAAAAAAUGUCUUAAAAUGGAUGCUUUUAUCAGCCCCCUGCUCAGAAUACUGCAAUUAUUUAAGGGUAGGGGGCAGGGGCAGUGUUUACAUGCUGCAUAUGAGUGUUGCAGUUAAUACAUGCAUGACUUUGACACCAGUAUGAAUUUCACACAUUUCUCUUAUGCAGCUUGGAGAGCAUCAUGAAAGGGUCGGCACUGAAGAAAUGAGGUAGUAAAUUAUUUAUUGUUAUCUAAAGCUACAUGCAAAAAAUUAAUGUGUGGGAAUGUUAAGACAACAGAGAACCUCAUUUUGCUUAUUUCUUCCAGUGAUGCUAAGAUCCAGUGGCUUACUUUUAGUUAUUAUUAGUCUUUGCAUUUUUAAGCAUUUCCAUAUAUUCAUGGUCGAGGGCAGGUCCUUAGUUAUUUUUAACAUGCUGUGUAUAGCCUGGCACAACUUUUGCAGGCAAGUAAAGCUUUUCAAAAUUCAACUAUGUACCGCACAUUUAAAUGUAAACAUGAACAGGACAUGUUUUAUUGCACAAAGUGUCAGGUUUUCUUUAAUUUUACUACAUCAGCUUAGAAAUUCUAAUUUUGCUUUUCGUUAAUAGAGAAAAGGAAAAUUAUCCCAUUAUUUACUGCCUUUGAAGGUUUGGCCUAGCUAGUUAUUUGAGCUUAUGAGGAACCAAUAUUUUCUCCUGUCCUGAAUUCAGUAGAGAUGGUUAUUCCAUUUUUAAAACCCUUUGUGGCUACCUUCCAAUUUUCCAGCUUUGCAUCAAGCAGUAAAAAUGUAUGCAAAAACUGAAGCUAAAUUACUUUUCGGUGCAAGAAGGAAAAACAGAGUGACUGCCCUCUAUUCCCCAGUCAAAAAUAGAAUAUUCCCCCCCUACAAAAGAAGGUAAGAUGGGUGAUGCCAAAUCCAUCUAUGUAUGAAACUACAGUUGACCGUCCAUUAAGCGGUCACCUAUUAAGCAGCCACUCUCUAUCAAGCAGCCAGUAAUCAUAGUCCCGAAAUAAAAUUGUAGAAAAGAAUGGGAAAUUAAUAAGCAGCCACCUUUUGGCCACCCCAACAAGAAUUCACCCAUUUUUGUAACCGUGUAACUAUCCCUUAUUCGGGUCCACAACUACAAAUGUACAUGUAUUUUUACUCAAGAGCUGGUGGAACCAGACCUUGAGGUAACUUGGGGGGGGGGGGGUUAGAAAAAUUGCCAAAGCAAGUAGUAGUUUGCCUCAGCCAUGGGGGCCUCGGCUCUUGGCAAAAAGUAAGGGGGGGGGCCCCCAGGCCCCCCCCUUUGAUCCGCCCCGUUCAGGGUACACUUAAAGUGCAUGGCUUCCCAAACUUUCCUUACACACUUUUAAACUUUUUUUGUCAUAACUUAAAAUUCAAAUUAAAAAAACACGAAAGUGUUAUUAAAUAACACGCCACCUUUUGCCCACCCCCAUCAGAAUUCCCCCUUUGUGUUAACGGGUUUACUCCCCAUUAUCGGGGCCCACAACGAAAAAUGGAGUUUUAUUUGUUCGGAAGGCGGGGGGGAACCAGUCUUGGGGGUAAGUGGGGGGGGGGGGGGUUAGAAAAAUUGCCAAAGCAAGUAGUAGUUUGCCUCAGCCAUGAGGGCCUCGGCUCUUGUCAAAAAGUAAGGGGGGCGGCCCCCAGGCCCCUCCCUUAGAUCCGCCUCUGUCAGGUUACAUUUAAAGUGCAUGACUUGCCAAACUUCUCUGACACACUUUUAAACUUUUUUGGUCAUAACUUAACAUUCAAGUGAUACAACAACGUACGUGUAAUUUAAAACACUUUGCAUUUUAUCUCCACAUUAGGCCUCGGCAAGAUCAAGCAUACUACUCGUACCUUUUGGAACUACUGUUUACAAAUAAUGAGAUGGUAAGUUCUAUUAUGUAG